AGCUGGAAGGAGUCAGCUGGUUGGUGGGCUGCCAUGGCUCUCAGCACGGCUCCAUCCUGGGGGACGAAAUGGGUCUUGGGAAGACGUGCCAGGCUAUUUCUCUGCUUGUCGUCUUAAGCAGGAAGCUUAAAAAGAGGCCCUUUUUGAUCCUUUGCCCUCUUUCUGUGCUAAACAACUGGAAGGAAGAAUUGGAAAAAUUUUCUCCCAGCCUUUCCUUCGUGGCAUACGCAGGGGAUAAGGAAGAACGGGCACAGCUCCAAGAGGACCUGAGGGCCAGGGACCGUUUCCACGUUCUCCUGACUACUUAUGAGCUGUGCCUCAGAGAUGCCACGUUCCUGAAAAGUUUUAACUGGGCGUGCCUCGUGGUGGACGAAGCCCACCGGCUGAAGAAUCAGGAAUCGUUGCUUCACAGAACGCUUUCUAAGUUUUCGGUGGACUUCAGGCUCCUGCUGACGGGGACUCCGAUUCAGAACAGCCUCCAGGAGUUAUACGCCCUGCUGACUUUUAUUGAACCGGACGUAUUCCCCGAAGCGCAAGCGGAGGAAUUUGUGGGCUGUUACCACGGAAUCAAAAAGGAGAGCAAAGCAGCCACGGAGCUCCACGCUCUUCUUCGGCCUUUCUUGCUCCGGAGGGUGAAAGCGGAAGUGGCGGCCGAUCUCCCACAGAAGGCAGAGCUGGUCCUGUACCACGGCAUGUCGGCGGUGCAGAGGAAGCUGUAUAAGGCGAUCUUGAUGAAGGACCUGGGUGCAUUUGAAAAUGACACGGGGAAGAAAACGAAGCUCCAGAAUAUCUUGAUUCAGCUCCGGAAAUGUGUCGCCCACCCGUACCUGUUUGACGGGGUUGAACCGGAGCCCUUUGUCAUUGGGGACCAUCUCGUGGACGUCAGUGGGAAACUGAGCUUAUUGGACAAGCUUCUCUCGUUCCUCCAUACUGGGGGCCAUCGGGUGUUGCUGUUUUCCCAGAUGACUCGAAUGCUGGACAUUCUACAGGACUACAUGGAUUAUAGAGGAUACAGCUAUGAGCGUCUGGAUGGGUCCGUCCGCGGUGAAGAGAGACACCUUGCCGUUAAGAACUUUGGGGCACAACCCAUCUUCAUCUUCCUUCUAAGCACCCGGGCAGGUGGAGUCGGCAUGAAUCUCACGGCAGCAGACACCGUUGUCUUUGUGGACAGUGACUUCAACCCGCAAAAUGACUUGCAGGCAUCCGCCAGAGCCCACCGGAUUGGCCAAGACAAGCCUGUGAAAAUAAUCCGCUUGAUCGGAAGAGACACGGUCGAAGAAAUAAUCUUCCGACGGGCCGUCUCGAAGCUGCAGCUCACCAGCGCUGUCAUCGAAGGGGGCCAGUUCGCACUCGGAGCCCAGAAGACACAGGGGGCGGCUGAGGAGCAGCUGAGUGAAAUUCUAAAAUUUGGUUUGGAUCGACUGUUGUCCUUGGACGGAAGCCCCCUCUGUGAGGUGGACCUGGGAUGCGUCCUUGGGGAAACCAGAGGAGGGGAAUGGGUCAUGGAUCCUGUGCUUCCACCCGCAGAGGGAGACGAAGACCAACAACCCGAAAGAAAAAGCCACAUGUACCUGUAUGAAGGCAAAGACUACUCCAAGGACCCCAGCCGAGAGGAUCAGAAGGCCUUCGAACAGCUGUUAGACCUGCAGAAAGUCCUUGAAGAAGAAGGAAGAGCCCUCCGAAAGAAGGCAAAUAUUCUCGCCACGGGCAUGCCAGCAGGACCCAGUAAGAAAAAGCGUAAGCUGAGUCCAGAAGAGCUGGAAGCCCGGCGGAGAAAACUGCAGGAGGCAGUGGCAAAGAAGGCCCAGCUGAAGGAAGAAAAAAGGCGGAAGAAGGCAGAAGCUGAACGCCAGGAGAAGACGGCCUGGUGGGAAGCAAAUCAGUACCGAUCCUGCUGCCUUGAGUCGGAGGAGAGCAGCGAGGAGGAAGGGGAGGGGCAGAGGCCAGAGGUGGACUUGGACUACGCAGAUCCGGAACUGAGCGCCAUUCAGUACGUCAUGGGCGAUGUCACCCACCCCAGAGCAGGAGAAGAGGACGCCAUCGUCAUACACUGUGUCGACGACUCCGGCCGUUGGGGAAGAGGAGGUUUAUUCACAGCUCUGGAGAAUCGCUCUGACCAGCCGAGGAAAGUGUAUGAGCUAGCCGGAAAGAUGGACGACUUGACAUUGGGAGGAGCGCUUUUAUUCCCUAUCGAUGACAAAGAAUCAAGAAACAAAGGCCAGGACUUGCUGGCUCUCGUCGUAGCUCAGCACCGGGACCAUUCCAACAAUUUGUCUGGGAUUAAGCUCUCUGAAUUGGAAACGGGAUUGAAGAAACUGUAUCGGGCAGCCAAGAAAAGGGGUGCAAGCGUCCACCUUCCUCGCAUCGGCUACGCCACCAAAGGCUUUAAUUGGUAUGGAACAGAGCGUCUCAUUCGAAAAUACUUGGCCAGCAGAGGAAUCCCGACCUUUGUCUACUACUUCCCUCGGAAUAAAGCAUCAACAUCGUCACAAGCCUUCACAUCUUCGGCACCAAGUCCGUCGCCCUGA